AUGGCCCAAUCCCUGGACGCCACGUGGCUGAGAGGCCUGGCAAUCCUGCAGCACGUGGGGGGACCAGCAGCAGCGGCGGCAACAGCAGCAGCAGCGUCAGCAGCUGGGAAAACGGAGGAGGAAGUGGAGUGUGAGCCGUUGGGAGGGGCGCAGAGCAUGUGGGUGCGCUUCCUGCCCAGCGACCAGCUGCCAGCCACGGCAGAGCAUCGCUUCCAGGCGCUGUUUAACGUGCAGCCCAUGUGGGCGCUGGGGGAUCUGGAGCCCUACCUCAUUGACCUACAGGGCCCUGGCCAAUCAGUGGAGACCCUUCUGAUGCGAUUCACGCGUAAAGUGCAAGAAGGGGCGGAUAAGCCUGAAUUGUACUGUGCACGAUAA